GGGCCUGCGGAAAGUAAAAACUGGCUUUCAGCAAGAAGACUUUUGAAACUUUUCCCAAUCCCUAAAAGGGACCUUCGCCUCUUUUCCGGGCUCGGCCGGGCAGGCGCUCCUGCGGCCCCCGGCUCCCACCCUCGGGGCCGCCGACUCGCAGGCGCGCCUGGAGAGCCACCGGCCCCCUCCGCGCGCGCCCAGGACCCCGCCGCGUCCCUGCGCGCGUGGCGUCCCCGCCGCCGCCCGGCCGCCCCCCGCCGGGCCCCGGGCGCGCGCUCCAGGAUGCUGAACCGCCCGGGGCGCUGAGCCGCCGCGCCGCGCUCCGCCAGGCCGAGGCCGCCGCCGGGCCCGGGCUCCCCGCCGGCGCUGUCCCGCGCGCUCCAGGCCUCCUCCCCGGCCGCGGCCCGCGCGCAGCGGUGGCCACGCAGCAUGCAGGCGCGCUACUCCGUGCCGGACCCCAGCGCCCUGGGAGUGGUGCCCUACUUGGGCGAGCAGAACUACUACCGCGCGGCGGGCGGCUACGGCGGCAUGGCCGGGCCCAUGGGCGUCUACUCCGGCCACCCGGAGCAGUACGGCGCGGGCGUGGGCCGCGCCUACGCGCCCUACCAUCACCACCAGCCCGCGGCGCCCAAGGACCUGGUGAAGCCGCCCUACAGCUACAUCGCGCUCAUCACCAUGGCGAUCCAGAACGCGCCCGAGAAGAAGAUCACGCUGAACGGCAUCUACCAGUUCAUCAUGGACCGCUUCCCCUUCUACCGGGAGAACAAGCAGGGCUGGCAGAACUCCAUCCGCCACAACCUCUCGCUCAACGAGUGCUUCGUCAAGGUGCCGCGCGACGACAAGAAGCCGGGCAAGGGCAGCUACUGGACGCUGGACCCGGACUCCUACAACAUGUUCGAGAACGGCAGCUUCCUGCGGCGGCGCCGGCGCUUCAAGAAGAAGGACGUGCCCCGUGAGAAGGAGGAGCGCGCCGCGCCCAAGGAGCCGCCCCCCGCCGCGGCCAAGGGUGCCCAGGCCGGGCCGCCCCUCGCCGACGCCCCCAAGGAGGCCGAGCGCAAGGUGGUGAUCAAGAGCGAGGCGGCGUCGCCCACGCUGCCGGUCAUCACCAAGGUGGAGACGCUGAGCCCCGAGAGCGCGUUGCAGGGCAGCCCGCGCAGCGCCGCGUCCUCUCCGGUCGGCUCCCCCGACGGCUCGCCGCCCGCGCACCACGCCGCCGCCGCGCCCAACGGGCUGCCCGGCUUCAGCGUGGAGAACAUCAUGACGCUGCGAUCGUCGCCGCCCGGGCCCGAGCUGAGCCCCGCAGCCGCGCGCACUGGCCUCUCCGUGCCGCCGCUCGCGCUGCCCUACUCCGCCGCCGCGCCGCCCGCCUCCUACGGGCAGCCGUGCGCGCAGGGGCUGGAGGCCGGGGCCGCGGGCGGCUACCAGUGCAGCAUGCGCGCCAUGAGCCUGUACACCGGCGCCGAGCGGCCCGCACACGUGUGCGCUCCGCCCGCCCUGGACGAGCCGCUCUCGGACCACCAGAGCGGCCCCGCGUCGCCGCUGAGCGCGCUCAACCUCGCAGCCGGCCAGGAGGGCGCGCUCGCCGCCGCGGGCCACCACCACCAGCACCCGCACCCGCACCCGCACCCGCACCCCGGCCACCACCACCCGCAGGCGCCGCCGCAGCCCGCGCAGCAGCCGGGCGCCCCCGCCGCCCAGGCAGCCUCCUGGUACCUGAACCACGGCGGGGACCUAAACCACCUCCCCGGGCACGCGUUCGCGGCCCAGCAGCAGCCCUUCCCAAAUGUCCGGGAGAUGUUUAACUCGCACCGGCUGAGCAUGGAAAACUCGGCGCUCGGGGAGUCCCAGGUCGGCAACGCGAGCUGUCAGCUACCCUACCGGGCCACGCCGUCCCUGUACCGCCACGCGGCCCCCUACUCCUACGACUGCUCCAAGUACUGACCCGGCCCCGCCCCGCGAGACCUCUGAGCGCAGCGCCAGGCUGCGGAGGAGCCAAAGCUGCCCUGACCUCCCAGGCCCGGAGCCGGCUGUGAAGCGCGAAGGUAACUGUGCCCCGCCCGGCGCCCCGUUUCUGGGACCCCAGCAAAGCCCCGCUCCAGGAAAGCAGCCAGCGAGAUGAAUAUUGAUCCAAAGCCCCUGCCUUUCAGGAGGCUGCGCGCCACCCCCGGGAGCUUCAAAAAUUAAGUUAUGGGGCAGACCCCAUAGCGACCCAGAACGACUCUCUGGAGCGAACCCCGUAGGUGUGUGGGGUCCCUAUAGAUAAUGUGUGUGCUGUGUGUAAUUUUAAAUUUCUCUUAUCCGUGCUGUAAAAAUGUGAGGACUUGUAAUCAGGCUAUUUUUGUUGUUGUGUUCAGAGCCAUUAAUAUAAUAUUUAAAGUUGAGUUCACUGGAUAAUUUUUCAUCUUGCCCACCCAUUUCUGUCAAAUUGAAUUCGAGAAACCUAGGUGGGUGACCUAUGAUCGUUUCCCCAGCUGUAGGACUUUCACAAAACAAGAAGGUAAUUUAUUUUUUGUUGGUGGAUAAAGAAGUCAAGUAUCUGAUACUUUGUAUUUACAAAGUCGGAUGGUUUUGUAUAGUACAUUCCAGCCCAGUAUUCCUAAAAGAAAAAGAAAACCAGAAAAUUUAAAUUUCAUCUGUAUUUGUCUUACGUGGUCUUAAUUGUUGUAUUUACCUUAAAAUAAACCCGUAUUGUUUUUCUGCCCAAAGCUCAAA